AUACAAGUUCAACACUUCCAAAAAAAGUUAUUCUGAAGUGAUCAUUUGUACAAUAAGGAGUGCUUCAGAUAAAUAAAAGUGAAAAGUUAUUUGAAUAGUGUGAGAAGUUUCUUACUAGGUUUCAAUAAAAAUCACAAUGUCGUUCAAAUGGUUAUCGGUAAUAGCGAUAUUCGCCCUCUGUUUAUUGGGAUACAGUUUUGCCCAACUGACAUUCACACCAGUUUGGGGGAAAAGAGCCCCAAAUCCACUUGGGAAUAUGCAGGGUACUCAAGACUGCAGAAUUUCAGCCGAAGGCAUGAUGCUCAUGUAUAGGCUAAUACAGACAGAAGCCCAAAAACUUCUUGAGUGCUCGCAGAAAUGAGAAGAAAUGAAAGAAACCAUAAAAAUAAAAAUGAUACGUGAACUGAAGAUUUAACAUGAAAAUGGAAGAAAAGCGCUUUUUUGA